AUGCCAACGCCAGAUAAGAUUUUAAUGCGCAAAAUAAAAAAGCGUGAAAGGAAGAAACUAAAACUGAUAUCCCAAAAGACAAAUGGCACACAGGAAGAUCACACGGUAACUACUGAAGUGGAAGCUGUUGAUGCUGUUUCUAAUGAAGCAAAGAAAAGGCCAAUAGAAGCAAUUGAAACUAACAAUGUUUCAGUGCCAAAAAAAAAGAAGAAGAAACAAAAAGCUACAACAAAUACUGAACCAGAAGUAAAGGAAGAGCCUGCAGAAAGUGAAAAAAAUGAGGAAAAUAAUAAAGUUGACAAUGAUGACAAAAAUAUUGACAAUUCCCAAUGCCUUGGAGUUGUAAAACCAGAAUCACCAUUACCCCCUGGAGCGGAAAUUAUAGUCGACCAAUUAAGGGAAGUAGCGCAAGAAGUAUUUGCAGAUGGCGAUGAAGAUCAAAAUUUAGUUGAAGACUUAACACCAUUUGGUAUAGAAGAUGCCAACACCAGUUUUGAGGCUUCUCCUCCUGUGGUCAUCGAAGAAUUUGAGAACAUUGUUGCCAGUACACCUAAAUCACCCUUAACAAUUCCUACUCCCAUGCCUUCACCGACUAAUAGUCACAAGACAUGUAAUGACCUAUUUUGUGCUUUACACGAUCACUGGACAGACGCAGUACCAUCUUCACCAAGUACUUACAGCUUACCAAUAGCCUCUUCUUUGGACCCUUCUGCGUCUGACGUGAUCGCAGUUUGCAAAACUAUGUUUUUAAAUACUUUGGCUGUGAGUGAAAGAAUUGUUCAAACAGCUUUCCAAAAAUUUGAUGGCGUCUCUGAUAUAUACAUGGACAGAAGAGGACGUCAUGCUAAUCGUAAAAUAGUAAUAGAUAGAGAAAUGGAAAGAAGUGGUAGUCGUCCGAGCGUCGAG